UUGUGUUAUUUUCGUGGCAGUGACUUUGCGAAUUUUGUUGAGGCAUAUCUUCUCAGAACAUUCACAUAACCCGAAUUUCCAGGUAGAGUGCGGUGUUUCUGGAUGCAAACAAAUAUAUCGUAAAUACAAUUCUUUGUAUCGUCACACGAUGAAACACCACAUAGACAUGAUGGAUGCAGGUCCUGAUGUAAACAACGAAAUGAAUGACGCACAGACGGAUCGUAUCAUUAACAACAACAACUCGAUUGAAGACAUGAAUGAUAUAGAGAUGGCUAAUGAUGAUGGUUAUCGUGAGCAUGAAGAAGAUGAUUUUGAUGUGAAUGAUGUUGAAAGAGCUCAUAGUUUUGAUAAACGCAAAGCUGUGUCUUUCAUAAUCAAUCUGAAAGAAAUGCAUCGGAUACGUGAGACAGCUGCAGAAGAUGUUGCAAGUAGAGUAAACAAUAUUGUUGAUAGUUACAUCAACAUAUUGAAAAGAAGAUUAUACAAUUAUAUGCAAGGGCUAGACAAUGAAAUUCCAGAGCACACCUUUAAUGAUUUAUUUCACAUAGAAUUACCUUUCAAUGGUGUGGUGACAGCUCACGAACGAAAAAAAUAUAUCAAGGAAAACUUCCUAUAUGUUGAACCAGAGAAAGUGCAUGUUGGCCAAAGGCUUCGAGUACUUCGGCAGAGAGGACAUGCUAACUUGGAUGUUGUGAGAGACACAUUCAUAUAUAUCCCACUUACUGAAAGCAUUGAACAACUUCUGCAAAAUAAAGAUAUACUUGAACUUGUUAUUAACCAGCCCACAGAAAGAAAUGACAGGAGAUACUUUAGCUGCCCAUGA